AUGUUGGGCAGCUCCGCGCCGGGGCCUGCGUCCCGCGAGGCGGGCUCGGCGCUGCUAGCAUUGCAGCAUACGGAGCUCCAAGAGGACCAGGAGAACAUCAACCCUGAGAAGGUGGCGCCCACCCAGCAGCCCCGCACUCGUGCCGGGCUGGCCGUACUCAAGGCUGGGAAUCCGCGCGUUCCAGCACCGCAGCAGAGGCCCAAGACACGACGGGUUGCACCUCUUAAGGAUCUUCCUAUAAAUGAUGAGCAUGUCACUGUUCCUCCCUGGAAAGCAAACAGUAAACAGCCUGCAUUUACCAUUCAUGUGGAUGAAGCAGAAGAAGAGACUCAAAAGAGGCCAGCUGAACCUAAAAAAACGGAACAUGAAAAUGUCCUGGCUUUUAAUUCAGCCAUUACUUUAUCUGGACCAAGAAAACCACUGGUACCUCUUGAUUAUCCAAUGGAUGGUAGUUUUGAGUCACCACAUACUAUGGACAUAUCAAUUGUAUUAGACGAUGAAAAGCCAAUGAGUGUCAAUGAAGUCCCAGACUACCAUGAGGACAUUCACACAUACCUUAGGGAAAUGGAGGUUAAAUGUAAGCCUAAAGUGGGUUACAUGAAGAAACAGCCAGACAUCACUAACAGUAUGAGGGCUAUCCUUGUGGACUGGUUAGUUGAAGUAGGAGAAGAAUAUAAACUACAGAAUGAGACCCUGCAUUUGGCUGUGAACUACAUUGAUAGGUUCCUUUCAUCGAUGUCUGUGUUGAGAGGAAAACUUCAGCUUGUGGGCACUGCUGCUAUGCUGUUAGCCUCAAAGUUUGAAGAAAUAUACCCCCCAGAAGUAGCAGAGUUUGUGUACAUUACAGAUGAUACCUAUACCAAGAAACAAGUCCUGAGAAUGGAGCAUCUAGUUUUGAAAGUGCUUGCUUUUGACCUAGCUGCACCAACAGUAAAUCAGUUUCUUACCCAAUACUUUCUGCAUCAGCAGUCUGCCAACUGCAAAGUUGAAAGUUUAGCAAUGUUUUUGGGAGAAUUAAGUUUGAUAGAUGCUGACCCAUACCUAAAGUAUUUGCCAUCAGUUAUUGCUGCAGCAGCCUUUCAUUUAGCACUCUACACAGUCACAGGACAAAGCUGGCCUGAAUCUUUAGUUCAAAAGACUGGAUAUACCUUGGAAAGUCUUAAGCCUUGCCUCAUGGAUCUUCACCAGACCUACCUCAGAGCACCACAGCACGCACAACAGUCAAUAAGGGAAAAGUAUAAAAGUUCAAAGUAUCAUGGUGUUUCUCUCCUCAACCCACCAGAGACACUAAAUGUGUAA